AUGGCCCAUGACCAGCUUGAUGUGUUGACGGCUUUCCUGUAUGGCGUCAUGAAGGAACAAGUGUUCUCUGUGAUUCCUGAAGGCGUCAACCUUGAUACGUCGUACUUCGACCCAUGUCUCUACAUCAAGACUUCGGACGGCCAUUGUGUGCUUGUACUGGUCGACGUGGAAGACGUCUUGGUGACUGGAAGCUCGCUCGAGCUAAUUACACGAAACAAGAACGACCUGAAGACACGUUUUGAGAUGACAGACAGCGGCAAAUGUGCAUUUGUUCUUGGGAUCGAGCUUUUGGACGGUGAAGGUGGCAGUGUGACUCUGUGUCAGCGCCAUUAUGUCGAUGAUAUCCUCAAGCGCUUUGGAAUGGAGGAGUGCAAGGCUGUGGCGAGUCCUGUGGAUGUCAGUUCUCGACUGAUGUCAAGCAGCACUGCGAGCAAGAUCGAUGUUCCAUUCCGUGAAGCUGUUGGUGCUUUGAUGCAUCUGACGACUGCAAAACGACCGGACAUUGCCUAUGCUGUGAGCUUUGUGUCGCGCUUCAUGAAGAUUCCCCAAGAAGAACACUGGGUUGCGGUCAAGCGCAUCUUUCGCUACCUAUAA